CGCUAUGUGGCUCCGGCCGUGCUCGCUUCCGGGCGAGGCGUGGCGGGGUCCGGUUUCCCGGCGGAGUGCUUUGGCGGCGGCCGGUUCCGGUGUCCUUCCCGGCGGCGCGGCGCGGUGCGGUGCGGCGCGGCGCGGCGGGGCCAUGGCGCAGAACCUGAAGGACCUGGCGGGGCGGCUGCCGACCGGGCCCCGCGGGGUCGGCACCGCGCUCAAGCUGCUGCUGGGCGCCGGUGCCCUGGCCUACGGCGUCCGCGAGUCCGUCUUCAUCGUGGAAGGCGGCCAGCGGGCCAUCUUCUUCAACCGCAUCGGCGGCGUCCAGCAGGACACCAUCCUCGCCGAGGGGCUGCACUUCAGGAUCCCCUGGUUCCAGUACCCCAUCAUCUAUGACAUUCGGGCCCGGCCGCGGAAAAUCUCCUCCCCCACCGGCUCCAAAGACUUGCAGAUGGUGAACAUUUCGCUGCGCGUUCUCACGCGGCCCAACGCCGCCGAGCUGCCCAGCAUGUACCAGCGCCUGGGCCUCGACUACGAGGAGCGGGUCCUGCCUUCCAUCGUUAACGAGGUGCUCAAGAGCGUGGUAGCCAAGUUUAACGCCUCACAGCUCAUCACUCAGAGAGCCCAGGUGUCACUGCUCAUCAGGCGAGAGCUGACGGAGAGAGCGAAGGAUUUCAGCCUCAUCUUGGACGAUGUGGCCAUCACAGAGCUUAGUUUCAGUCGGGAGUACACGGCGGCUGUGGAGGCCAAGCAAGUGGCCCAGCAGGAGGCACAGCGGGCACAGUUUCUGGUGGAGAAGGCCAAGCAGGAACAGAAGCAGAAGAUUGUUCAGGCUGAAGGAGAAGCUACAGCUGCCAAGAUGCUUGGUGAAGCUCUCAGCAGGAAUCCAGGCUACAUCAAGCUACGUAAGAUCCGAGCUGCUCAGAACAUCUCAAAAACGAUUGCUGCCUCACAAAACCGUGUGUAUCUCACAGCAGAUAACUUGGUACUGAACCUGCAGGAUGAAGGCUUCACCAGGUAAAGGCGCGGAUUUAGCUGCACCCUCCCUGUGAAGCUGGUCCCCUUUCCAGAGCUCUCUCUGGAUCUUUUCUCUGAGAGGAGGCUGAUGCCAGAGGACACAGCCAAGCAGGGAACAGCUUGUCUUACUGUGGAACUGAGGUUUUUGUUAGAUCUAAUCAAUUUACUCUCGUUUUUCUUCCUUUUCUCCCCUCCUUGGUGCAUCUCCGGACACACAGAGGAAGGUAAGGUGCUGUUUAUUUUGGUCAUGCUUUUAUAGUUUGGUAAUAUUUUGUUAGGACUCAGAACAAGGGUGGUGAUCUUUGCCUGCUGCCUGAGAUACUUCUGGCUUGGGACUUUCUGGCCAUGAGAAAUUUAUUCCAUCUUUACCUCGGUGGCCAUUUGUGAUGUGAAGCUGGAAGCUUUCCAGGCAGUGGCCGCACAAACAUCUACAUCAGUCAGGAGAUGCUCAGUAAUUGGAGCUCUGUGUGUCCCCCACAAGGAACAUUGUGUGGGGAAGGCAACAGUGACUGAGGAGCAUCUUUCAGAGUAUCCUGCAUGUUUAGCAAAGAGGGCUGUGGGAAGGCAGUUAGAUAUGGUAGGAAUUUGUGUUGCUUUGGGGUAACAACGUCUAGGAAAGAUGCUUUUGUUACACUCUCAGAUCUUUCUAGCCCAUGCUAGAAAAGCUUUUGGAGCUGGCAGGAGUUUGAUGGCUUUGCUAGUAGCGUGCAGCUAAAAGCUUUGAUUUCUUGGAAUUGAGAAGGGAAGCCAGAGCUGGUUCUGUUUCUGUGAGAUCUUUUCCUUACCUCUGACCACAUUCUGUCAUUCAUCCCAGAAGGCUUAAGGGGCUUUGAAAAAAGUCCCUGGUAGGAAGGAUUUGGACAUCCAGAUCCUUUGGGUGUGACACCCACACCUCCAAGUCUGUAGUGAGGGUCUGGUUUGGCAUUCCAUGUGCUUACUUGUUUAACAACUCACUUCUGCCUCCCUUUCAGUGACAGUCUCCUACUCAAACAAGGGAAGAAAUGAAAGGAGCUAAAGCCUCUUAGGACCAGCGUUGCUGACCAGAAGACACGAGUGAGGAGCUUUGAACUCCCUCCACAAGCAUUGUUUGUCCUCACUUGGAAGUUUUUCCUCCAGUAGCCAGAUUUGCCCCUGCUCCAUCUACAGUGAUCUGGUUAUGGGAUCUGUAAUUCCUUCCUCCUCUCACCAGUUAAAUUGGGGAUGGGGCAAGGGGGCUUACUGGUAUUAACCCCCAUGGAUAUAGUAAUUCACCUCUAAUCUUCAUUAGUCUUUAGAUUUCUGUAGGGAAAAUCAGAUUUCUUAUUUGCCCAAGCCAGGGAGUUCUCCUGCCACCACCACCAGGUUUUUUUUUUUUCUAGUAAUUUUUCUCUUUCACUCUUGCUCCCAAGGGAAUCUUGAACUGAAUUCAGGAAAAUGUCAUCGGGGGGCCUGGGAGUGGUGGAAUAUCUCUUUGUGUCACUGUCUGCUCAGUGAUGCUUUCAAACAUUUGUAACAAUAAAAAACUACAAAAUUU